AUGUGUUUCAAAUCUCUGAAUAAAAAAUGCUUCGACACCGAACUGAGUAUUGGCUUUUCUCCAACAUUUCGCAUUCGAUCAACUCUUCUGGUCAAACGAAGCUUUCAAAGGUCUAAAUUCGCAGCCUUGCUAUACUAUAUGCGGAUAAUACCAAACCCACUAGUUACAGGUAAGGUAGCCACAUUCAGACAAACAAAAAAAAUAAUGCGGGUAACCACCUUUAUUGUUCUUCGUUUUUCUUCUUCUUCUUCUUUCCUUUUUUAGAUCUUCACCUUUUAGUCCCACUGAAUUUCUGUAGAUUAUAGAAAUUGGCCUUGAUGGGAAUGAACCCUGUUUCUUUGUUUCUUUUAUCAUUCUUUUGUGUUCUAUCUUCUGUUGGUUUGUUUUGCAAUGCAAAUAACACAAUCACGAGAGUUCGACCCAUAAGAGAAGGGGAAUCCCUGAUAUCAGAAAAUAAAAUAUUUGAAUUGGGUUUCUUCAGUCCUGAAAACUCCACCUUGAGAUAUGUGGGUAUUUGGUACCAUAACAUUCAGCCUCAAACAGUUGUCUGGGUUGCUAACAGAGAAGCCCCAAUUUCAGAUGAUUCUGGGGUUUUCACUAUUGGGGGUGAUGGGAAUCUGGUGAUUUCAUCUGCAAAUGAGACUCUAGUCUGGUCAAGCCGUGCUUCCAUUUUGUCUGGAAAUGAAACAACAGCAGUUCUUGCUGAUACUGGGAAUUUCAUUCUGUCAAGGAGUGACAGCAUUGGUGAUAUUGACAAGGCGUACUGGCAGAGCUUUAGAGAUCCAACGGAUACAUUCUUGCCACACAUGAGAGCAUAUGUGCAUUCUGAUAUUGGAGAAAUCCGUCCCUUCACCUCAUGGAGAUCGAGAAACGACCCUUCACUUGGAAACUACUCUAUGAGUAUUGAUUCAAGGGGGGCACCGCAAAUAGUGAUACUGGAUGGAUCGAAAAGGCGGUGGAGAAGCGGCCACUGGAAUUCCCAGAUAUUCCUAGGUAUCCCUAAUAUGACACUUGUGGCUAAUUACCUUUAUGGGUUUAAGCUUAACAAUGAUGGGUUUGGGAAUGUUUACUUCACGUAUAUUCCGAAUGAUAGUUCUCAUUUGUUAAGGUUUCACUUGAAAUGGGAUGGAAUGGACGAGCAGCUUAGGUGGGAUGAAGAUGCAAAGCAAUGGCAGAAGAUGCAAUCACAGCCUGCAAAUGAAUGUGAAAUCUACAAUUAUUGUGGAAAUUUUACCACUUGCAGUGUGUUUGAUUCUCCUAAAUGUAGAUGUAUGGAUGGGUUUGAGCCAACGCGUCAAGAGCAGUGGAGAAGAGGGAAUUGGACAGAUGGGUGUAAGAGGAAGACACAAUCGCAGUGCCAGAGGAACGGUAGUGUGGCAGGGGGAGGUGGUGGGGAGGAUGGGUUUAAAGCGUUGACAGGCAUGAAAUUGCCGGAUUUUGCAGAUAUGGUGCGUCUUACAGCCUCCGAGACGUGUAAGGAACAGUGUUCGGCGAAUUGUUCUUGUAUCGCAUAUGCAAACGUUCCUUCCAUUGGGUGCUUGAUAUGGUCUGAGAACUUGGUCGAUGUUCAGCAUUUUGACAAAGGUGGGAGUUCAUUCUUCCUCCGCCUGGCUGACUCUGAGUUAGGCGGCAAGAGAAAAUUAUCAACACCUUUGAUAGUUGUAAUUGCUUUUGCCGGAGUGUUCUUCCUUGGCAUAUUCAUAUGGUUCCUGUUGAGGCUGAAAGAAAAGCUGAAAGUUUUGCCCGCAUCGAUUCCACCUUCAUUAAUAAGGAACAGCGAGAUGCCAGUUUUUGAAGUAAGCAAGGAAUACUCGACAGAUCUUUCAGGACCAGCUGAACUUUUAAUGGUAGGGAAUGACAUUAAUGGGCCAGAGUUGCCUAUGUUCAGUUUCGAUUUUGUAGCAGCUUCUACAAACAAUUUUUCCGAAGAAAACAAGCUUGGGCAGGGGGGAUUUGGUCCAGUCUACAAGGGAAAGCUCCCCGGAGGACAGGACGUAGCUGUAAAGAGGCUGUCGAGGAAAUCUGGACAAGGGUUGGAGGAGUUCAAGAAUGAGAUAAUACUGAUUGCCAAAUUACAGCACAGAAACCUUGUUAGGUUAUUAGGCUGCUGUAUCAUGGGGGAAGAAAAGAUGCUGCUAUAUGAAUACAUGCCGAACAAAAGCUUGGAUUGCUUUCUUUUUGACCCAGCCCAGCAGACACUCCUAGACUGGAAUAAACGCUUCAUUAUCAUAUUAGGGAUUGCCCGAGGACUCCUUUAUCUUCAUCGAGAUUCAAGACUUAGGAUAAUUCAUCGAGAUCUCAAGGCCAGCAACAUUUUGUUGGAUGAGGACAUGAACCCAAAGAUUUCAGAUUUCGGAAUGGCUAGAAUAUUUGGGGUGAGCGAAAAUGAAGCAAAUACGAAUCGUGUUGUCGGCACGUAUGGGUACAUGGCACCUGAAUAUGCAAUGGAGGGUCUAUUUUCAGUGAAGUCUGAUGUUUAUAGCUUUGGUGUAUUACUGCUAGAGAUUGUGGGUGGCCGGAGGAACACUAGCUUCCGGUUAACUGAACAAAUGACCCUUGUAGCUCAUGCAUGGGAUCUUUGGAGCGAACGUAAGGCAAUGGAGCUCGUUGACCUUUCCAUCCAAGAAUCUUGCUCUCCAGAUGAGGUUUUGAGAUGCAUACACGUGGGGAUGCUGUGCGUACAGGACUCCGCAAGUUCCAGACCAUCCAUGGACUCUGUCUUACUAAUGCUAGAAAGCGAAACUGCAACCCUUCCAUUGCCUAGACAACCCACAUUUACUUCGAUGAGGAGUUCCUUAGACACAGAGACUUUCGCGGAAUGUCAAGAAUCUCACGAGAUUGCAUCCUCAAAAGAAUUGACAGUUACGAUACUGGUUGGAAGAUAGAUUCGAUUCAGUGUGAGCCCAAUGCAUGUACAGUUGCAGAGAUUCUGAAACCAUAGAAAGAAACCAUGGGCUGUUCUUUGAAAGCUGGUGCCUGGACUGUUAAAGAGUGAAUGUAUCCUGCUGUACAUCAUGGAAAUCAUGUAAAAUAUGAUAUCAGCAAAAACAUAUGAUCUAAUGCAGAACGUACAAAUUAAUCUGACAAGUUAUGAGUUAAUGAACAAAUGUUGUUUGGACAAGAA